AUGGUGACCGCGAUGUCUUUCCCUUAUAUUCGACCACGCCGGUCCCCCAGCUACAGGAAAAAAGGGCCACAUCGGCCGCCUCCGUUGAAGCUACAAACAACAUUCUUUAAAUCGGAACAGCAGAAGGCAAAGAAUAAGAAAGCUAGCAUCGUCGAGCCGACCCUCAAAGCCGUGCGCGGCAGCGACUUCGGUUUAUUUGAUCUCAAAGAAGGAAAGGAAGAAACGGAUCUGCCAUUGAGGAAGACAGCAGUGUCUGAAUUGGAGCCAUCAGGCAACGGAGAACCGUUGUUAACUCCUACAGCCCUGGAUAAGCCAGUUGAGAAGAGCAACAGCUUGAAGAUGGAGGAUACAUAUACACGAGAGGUCUCUCCACAGGCUUCACUUCGCUUAAAAACUCACCUGAACGACGCCUCCAGCGAUUCAGAUAUUUCUCCUAUAUCUGAUGAUCGACCUCCCGUACGUCGUGGCAGUGGCCUCCGCCGAUUCUUCCCCGAACUCUCGACCAAUGUCGACCUGAUUUCCCCGGUUAGUGCUGGUAAAAAUAAGAAGCAGGUGGCACGCUUGUCCAUCCUGGAGAGCGAACUGGAGGAGCGAGUGCAAAAUCUAUGCAAGAGCCCUCAGGAUGAAGAGGAGAGCGAUAUUGCGGAGCAGAAAACCAGCUCAUCUUCGGGGUCAGAUGGCAUCUUUGAUUGCGCGUCCUCUUGCUACAGUCGACGGAGUUCAUUGUCCAGCGUGAACGAAGAUCAUUUGGACGACAUGGAGAAAUGCCCUAUGUCUGCAGAUGCCUAUUCAAUCAUUUCACCUGCCGCAGCAGGUGUUUUUGACGAUUCAGCAUCAGUCUGUCCGUCGCGAGCGGCGUCCAUAAAAUCGAGACUCCAAGUGCCAACCCCUGUAAAAAACAGAGUAGGAGCUCACUCAGCGAGAGGCACAUAUUCACCACAGUGCAACUCGGUUGUUUCAAUUAAUACAACAACUACUAUGAACGAUCUGAAGAACAAGCCCCUACCUCUCGAGCCCACUUCCGAUGCCGACAUCGCGCCCAGUCCAUUAGUAGUGGGCCGUCACAAUCGUUCAAACUUGCAACAGCGAACGACUCCUACCAGCAACCCACACUCGCCAUACUCACAAUCAUCCCCGAGUCGCUCUCACCUCGCCGUUCAACGCUCGACCACGACUAUGAAAUCAGGGUCGCCAAGCCACGGUUGUCACUCUUGUGGCGGACAUUCUGCGAGACCGCGUAAGACCAAUCGUUCACAAUGGGCCGAUCGCCUGGAGAAUGGCAAACCUCACAUUCGUCAGCUACCUUCCUUGGAAAGGGCGGCGGAGGAACUGGAGGACGUUCUAGCUGAUUUGCAGAAACAUGGUUCGAAGCAAAGGACACUUCUAAUACUUGAUGGACCUCUGCAAGUCAGCCGCCACAAUGGGGAUCUUGUAGCUACACGCCCAGCGCCUCUGCCACCAUCGACGAAGCCUCACUCGAAGAUCCAUCCCUCACCGUCGUUGGAUUUAUUGCGAUCGAGCAAGUCGAACAAGUCGAGCAAGUCAACCAAAUCGAAAAAGCCCGAGAAGCCUGAGAAGCCCGAGAAGCCGAAACGGUCCGGCAAAGUUCAAAGAGACAUCCGGCCUUUAAAUCUAGCUGCUAUCCCUGAGAGUGAACUUAAAAAGGAUGACAAGAGCCAAAACAAAGGCCAUCAGAAGAGCAGAAGUCUCGAUUGUCAGCCUGUCAGCCAGAGCACUGAUAGGAGUGCGGGGCCGGAAAUUGAAGCUGCGACCAAAGCCGAAGAAGUCAAGAAGGGAAAGCCAUUAAAGAAAUCCUUCACCUUCUCGAUGAAAUCAUUCAAGCGCAGCAAACCAGCACGAUUGGCGGGCGCCCCCUUGCUCACCUCCAGCCUAUCGUCGCCCUCGGACUCCUCGCUUGACCCACCAGACGAGCCCUCGUGCCUCCAGUCGUCGCUCUCCGAUCCUACCCUGGCUGACGAAGACUCAGGUCCGACCAAACGGUCCGAUCUACUUCUGCAAUUACCUCGUCUUCAGACACACGACCUUGGAUUAGACAGUGUUUGCGACCGCAUGGAAGUGGCCGGCCAAGGGGUCGCCCAGUCUACCAGGGGCAACCCCGACGCCAGCCCCCAAGAACGUCCUGAAAAAAGCCCCCAAAAGAGCCCCACCAACUCCGCCUCCUCCAAGGGGGAACCUCAGAGUCAAGGGCAGGAAAGGUUUACGCCUCCCGAAGAAAAGAUCGUGGUUGAACCGGCCAUGAAAGUACCCGAAAUGACACGACAUACAUACGCCUUUGUCUCAACAGCGCAGGCGAGUAGCGUGCAACUGCCCUCGGAUCAAGUGUAUGAACUCGCUGCGACACCUCCAUCGCCCACUUCGACCUUGCCGGUAUUUGGUGCGAGACAGCUCGUCGAGGCCAAUGUCAAUUUUCCACCAGACUUUCCAUUGCGCCUAACCAUGGCUAUAAUGGAAAAAAUCGACUCACUAGACGACCUUUUUAAUCUUGUUCUGGUUGACAAGCGAUUCUACUCUAUUUUCAAAAAGCACGAACUGCCCUUGAUUAAAAAUGCACUUUUCAAGAUGUCCCCACCAGCAUGGGAGCUACGAGAAAUGUCUCCGCCAUGGGCGACCGAGACACAAUUGCUGGAGCCAGACUCUCGGGUGCCCGAGUACACGUCUUCACUUUACCUUGAUCGGUAUGCUCAGGACAUUUAUACCCUUGCAAAGCUCAAGGCUAUGAUUCUUGUACGAUGUUCACCAUUCCUACGCCGCGAUACUAUUCGCGGCCUUUCAGGAAUGGAUAUCGAUCGUGCCGAGGAGGUUGAUGACGCAUUCUGGCGGAUUUGGACCUUCUGUCGUCUCUUUGGAAGCAACAAAGGCCGCGAGAAUGAUCUCGAGGGCCAGGUUGACUGGCUACGAGGCGGUGCCAAAGCUAGAGGCUAUAUUGGUGCGUCGGGAUGUAUGACGGAGCCUUUUGGCCUAGGACAUGCUCUCUUCGAACCGCCCGAGGGCUUCGGCAGAGGUAAUGGUCUUGGUCUAUCCCCGAGGCAACUGUAUGAUAUGACGGAGAUCUGGACGUGUAUGGGUGUUUUAUUGCAGCCUCUUCAUGGAAAAUGCAUUGAAGCUAGGAGAGUUGGCAUCUAUGAAGGCAUGGAUGUUCCAACCGAUGAUCCCGCGCUGGAAGAGCAAGUUCUUGAGGAAUGGACGUCUUUUGUCUUGACAAUCGGUCUUUCUGCCGUCCUGGGUCUUAGCUCUCUCGCCCCAGCAGAGGCCACAGCUGCUUUCUUCAACAAGGCUCAAUCCUCCGGAUUGACCAAGUGGGCACCGACCGAGACAGAAACAAGUCGUUCCUCAUUUCUGAAGGAAGCCGUAUCUCGUGUGUACGAGGAUCACGAACGUUCUAUCACGGAUGGAGAUGGAAGUCCAAUGGAUUCUUCAGCUGAAAUCCAAACCCAACUAGAACGUGAACAGCGUCACGCAGACUACAAGCAGGAGCUCCGUGCCCGACGAGCUCGUGGCCGUGAACUGGGAACUGGAUUUUCGGAAGAGCGACCCAUGUCCGAAUUCAGCAACAUCGUCCAUAACCUCGACGGGGCAGACCCAAAUGCACCUCCAGUCCCAGCUCUCCCCUCCCUGAUGCUCGACCGCGCUUCUACAUCAACGUCUAGCACAGCUCCACCUCCUCGCACACCAACUCGAUCUCUGUCGCCGCCACUUCCAGCAUUUGACCUGGACGUUCCGUUCCACCCUCAAUCACGCAGUCCGCCAAUGCAACACCCCCCAACCCUCUUCCCAUCUCCGCAGCAACACCCCAUACCGGUUAUACCCACACCUUUAUUCUCUCAGCCCUCUCUUCCGCCACAAGUUCAAGACCCAGUUGACCGUGCAAUCGACCACAUGGUCAAUGACCUCGGCUUUGACCCUGAUGACGUGAAAUGGGCUCUUAAAAUCACCGAUACUGGCGAGGGAAUCGACGUCGAAGCUGCUGAAUCUCUAUUGAACCAGCAGAAGCAGAAGAAGAAAAAGCCUUUCGGUCGCAAGGAAAGUCUUUUCCGCUCUGUGAUGAAGCGUCAGCGUUCAACGGACUCGGGUUGGCGCUUUGCUUAG